GACAAGACGGAGGGUUAAAUAUUCCCCUUGGACAGACCCGUUUCCAUUAUGGUGUGGUUUUUAUGCUGUCAGAAGGUGAAAUAAUUAUUCUGCCCAUAACAUGUUAACGUGGAGAAAUGCCCGCCACAUUUGUUGAUUUACAUCAUGUAAUUUAGAUGUUGAUCGACCCACUUUACUGCGGCGCUUAGCUAACAGAGGCUAACUGGGGGAUCGGACCAGGUUAGCUUAAAGCUAACUCCGCUGCUAUGUGUCCAGACUGAACCAGGAAGGGCUGAAAGAGACCUGCUGUCAUUAACAGGUAUCGCAGGUCAUGUGCCCAUGGACAAUACGGCCUUUGAGAGGUGGCUGGAGUCGGUCUCUGCCACCUUCCUUUCUCUUAAUGAUCAGCAACGCAACCAGUCUCUGGACCACCUCAUAUCUUUAAGUGGUGCUGCCCAGCUCCGUCAUCUGUCUAAUGGGCUGGAGACGCUGCUGAAACGGGAUUUCCUGCGACUGCUUCCUCUGGAGCUGGCCUUCUACCUGCUACGGUGGCUGGAUCCUCAAACCCUGCUCACCUGCUGCCUGGUCUGCAAACAAUGGAACAAGGUGAUAAACUCGUGUACAGAGGUGUGGCAGGGUGUGUGCCGGGAGCUGGGUUGGAAAACCGACGAGUCCAUCCAGGAUGCAGCACACUGGAAGGGGGUCUACCUGAAGGCUAAACUGCGCAUGAUGCAGCUGAAGGACCAGGAGGCUUUUGUGACAUCAUCACUCAUCGGCCAUAGCGCCCGAGUGUAUGCCCUCUACUAUAAGGACGGCCUGCUCUGCACAGGCUCUGAUGACCUUUCUGCCAAAUUAUGGGAUGUACGCACUGGACAGUGCAUUUAUGGAAUUCAGACACACACAUGCGCCACAGUGAAGUUUGAUGAACAGAAGCUUGUGACGGGGUCGUUUGACAAUACUGUUGCAUGCUGGGAGUGGAGUACAGGUGCUAAGAUCCAGCAGUUCCGUGGGCACACCGGCGCAGUCUUCAGUGUGGACUACAACGACGAGCUGGACGUUCUGGUCAGUGGCUCUGCAGACUUCUCCGUCAAGGUCUGGUCCUUGUCUGCUGGCGCCUGCCUCAACACCCUCACUGGACACACCGAGUGGGUCACCAAGGUGAUAUUACAAAAGAGUGAGGUAGAAUCAGUGGUGCACAGUCCUGGUGACUACAUCCUGCUAAGUGCUGAUAAGUAUGAAAUCAAGGUUUGGCCUUUAGGAAGGGAAAUCAACUGUAAGUGUUUGAAAACGCUGUCGGUGUCAGAGGACCGCAGCAUCAGCCUUCAGCCGCGCCUGCAGUUUGAUGGUCGCUACAUCGUCUGCAGCUCUGACCUCGGAGUCUAUCAGUGGGACUUUGCCAGCUUUGAAAUUAUCAGAGUGAUAAAAAUGCAAGAUCCUGCCAACCUGUCUCUGCUAAGCUUCGGUGAGGUGUUUGCCCUCCUUUUUGAUAACCACUUCCUGUAUGUGAUGGACCUGAGGACAGAAGCAAUUUCAGGCCGCUGGCCUCUGCCAGCCUACAGGAAGUCCAAACGGGGAUCCAGCUUCCUGGCAGGCGUCACCUCCUGGCUGAAUGGGCUGGAUGGAGGCAAUGACUCUGGACUGGUGUUUGCUACCAGCAUGCCUGACCAUAGUAUUCAUUUAGUUUUGUGGAAGGAGAAUGGGUAGUUGAAAACCAGGUCUUCAGAUCUUAGACGGGCGGCGUCUUCGCUUCCCCACCACCUUUUCUGUUUCUUCCUCUGCGCUCAAGUCCUCUUCUAAACUUUUACAUGAACAUUCGGAAAACAAAGGCCUCCAGUGAUUGGAUGAUCACUGAUGAGCCACCUCAGCUGGAUAAGAGCGUCACCGGACAAACACGGCCAGUGGUGUGGGGGUGGGGCGGAAUUCAUCAGUUACCAAAAUAACAGCCAUUUUUUUGUAAUGGACGUAUAUGUGUUAAAGUAAAUAAAGUACAAACUUACUGCA